ACCGGGAGAUGGAGGAGCUGAUCCCGCUGGUGAACCGUCUGCAGGACGCCUUCUCGGCGCUGGGGCAGAGCUGCCUGCUGGAGCUGCCGCAGAUUGCCGUGGUGGGCGGCCAGAGCGCCGGCAAGAGCUCGGUGCUGGAGAACUUCGUGGGCAGAGACUUUCUUCCUCGAGGGUCAGGCAUCGUGACGAGACGGCCUCUUGUGCUACAGCUUGUUACUUCCAAAACAGAAUAUGCUGAAUUUCUACAUUGCAAAGGAAAAAAGUUUACAGAUUUUGAUGAAGUUCGCCAUGAGAUUGAAGCAGAGACAGACCGAGUGACGGGAAUGAAUAAGGGCAUUUCCUCCAUACCCAUUAACUUACGAGUGUAUUCCCCACACGUGUUAAAUCUCACCUUGAUCGACCUGCCUGGGAUUACUAAGGUGCCCGUGGGAGACCAGCCGGUGGAUAUUGAGCAUCAGAUCAGGGAAAUGAUCAUGCAGUUCAUCACGCGGGAAAACUGUCUGAUUCUGGCCGUCACCCCGGCCAACACCGACCUUGCAAACUCAGACGCACUGAAGCUGGCGAAAGAUGUCGACCCUCAAGGUCUGAGAACCAUUGGAGUCAUCACCAAACUGGACCUUAUGGAUGAGGGAACGGAUGCCCGGGACAUUCUAGAGAAUAAGCUGCUGCCUCUUCGCAGGGGUUACGUGGGGGUGGUGAACAGAAGCCAGAAGGACAUCGAUGGGAAGAAGGACAUCAAGGCCGCCAUGCUGGCGGAGAGGAAAUUUUUUCUCUCACACCCGGCUUACAGACAUAUUGCCGAUCGGAUGGGGACCCCGCACUUACAGAAGGUCCUUAAUCAGCAACUCACCAACCACAUUCGAGACACCCUGCCAAACUUCAGGAACAAACUGCAGGCCCAGAUGCUGUCCAUAGAACACGAAGUCGACGCCUACAAGAACUUCAAGCCCGAGGACCCCACCAGGAAGACCAAAGCCCUGCUGCAGAUGGUUCAGCAAUUUGCCGUGGACUUUGAGAAGAGAAUUGAAGGCUCAGGGGAUCAAGUAGAUACCCUGGAGCUCUCAGGAGGUGCGAAAAUCAAUCGCAUUUUCCAUGAACGCUUUCCUUUUGAGAUAGUAAAGAUGGAGUUCAACGAGAAGGAAUUGCGCAGAGAAAUAAGCUACGCAAUCAAAAACAUACAUGGUAUCAGGACAGGGCUGUUUACUCCAGACAUGGCGUUUGAAGCAAUAGUCAAAAAACAAAUUGUGAAGCUGAAAGGGCCUUCCUUGAAGAGUGUAGAUCUGGUAAUGCAAGAAUUAAUCAACACCGUCAAGAAGUGUACCAAAAAACUGGCAAACUUCCCCAGGCUGUGCGAGGAAACGGAGCGGAUUGUGGCUAACCACAUUCGGGAGCGGGAAGGGAAGACCAAGGACCAGGUACUACUGUUGAUUGACAUCCAAGUCUCCUACAUCAACACCAACCAUGAGGAUUUCAUUGGCUUCGCAAAUGCUCAGCAGAGGAGCAGUCAGGUUCACAAGAAAAACACAAUUGGAAAUCAGGGAACCAAUCUUCCGCCUUCAAGGCAAAUUGUGAUUCGCAAGGGGUGGCUCACCAUCAGCAACAUCGGCAUCAUGAAAGGAGGCUCCAAGGGAUACUGGUUUGUCCUGACUGCUGAAAGCCUAUCCUGGUAUAAAGAUGACGAGGAAAAAGAAAAGAAGUAUAUGCUUCCCUUGGACAACCUGAAAGUUAGAGACGUGGAAAAAAGCUUUAUGUCCAGCAAGCACAUCUUUGCAAUCUUUAACACAGAACAAAGGAAUGUAUACAAAGACUAUCGCUUCCUUGAGCUGGCCUGUGAUUCGCAGGAGGACGUGGACAGCUGGAAGGCCUCUCUGCUAAGGGCUGGCGUCUAUCCCGACAAAUCUUUAGGGAACAACAAAACUGAAAAUGAUGAGAAUGGCCAAGCAGAGAACUUUUCCCUGGACCCCCAACUGGAGAGGCAGGUGGAGACCAUUCGCAACCUGGUGGACUCCUACAUGUCCAUCAUCAACAAAUGUAUCCGAGACCUAAUUCCAAAGACGAUAAUGCACCUGAUGAUCAAUAACGUGAAGGAUUUUAUAAACUCAGAGCUCCUAGCACAGUUAUAUUCCUCAGAGGACCAGAACACUCUGAUGGAGGAGUCGGCGGAGCAGGCCCAACGCCGGGAUGAAAUGCUGCACAUGUACCAGGCCCUUAAAGAAGCCCUCGUGAUCAUUGGCGACAUCAACACGGCCACCACAUUCAUCCCUGCCCCGCCGCCCGUGGACGACUCCUGGAUACAGCACACUCGCAGGUCGCCCCCUCCGAGCCCCACCACCCAAAGGAGGCCGACACUGAGCACCCCCCUGGCUCGGCCUGGGUCUGGCCGAGGGCCCCCUCCUGCCAUCCCGUCCCCAGGACCCCACUCAGGGGCUCCCCCAGUUCCAUUCCGGCCGGGCCCAUUGCCGCCCUUCCCCAACAGCAACGACACGUACGGAGCCCCUCCGCAGGUCCCCUCUCGGCCCACCAGGGCCCCUCCCAGUGUCCCCAGGUUUGGUGCCAUGAAGGAUGAAGCAGCUGAACCUUGAAGUCGGGGGCACAGGGCCCACGGACAGUUAAGCAACUCGUGUGACUAGCCUGUGUCUGACUACCCCGAGCCAUGUCCUGGGAACGUCCCGCCUUGCUCUCUCCUCAGCAGCCCUGUAAGAGUGUGACUCCUCUUAGCAGCUGGGUGCUAUUUGGACAGAUGAUGAACUCGUCUUGUGAUUUCCCAUCUCAGCCACGCAUGAGCUUUCUGUUUUCCCCACCGUCCUUCCCCUUUAAAGAACAAACAAAUAAAUUCAUGAUUAGGAA